AUGAAUAAUGCAAUUAUCUAAUUUAAAAUUAUUAAGUAACAUAUAUUAACUGUAAUAUUUAACUGUCCUUUUAAUUGCUAACAUUGUCAUUCAGAAAUAUGCAUUAAAUGCUCUGAAGGCUACUAUUUAGAUUUCAAAACUAACUCUUGUGAGUCUGUGUGUGGAGAUAAAAUCAUGACACCUUUAAAAAAAUUGUGA